CCAGGCUUGGCAGCGGGUUCAAAGAACGAGGGGCAUUUUCACGAGCAACAGUCGACAACGGCUCACUUGGCUUUUGGUUGCGGUAACGAACAGGAAUGUGGGCAACUGCAAGAAGAAUGGCUUCUACGACCAGAUCGGCAUCCUCUGCCGCCCUCACUUUUGAGCUGGUGGGAAAGUGCUCUACAACCCGUGCCCGCGCAUCCAUCUUGACGCUGCCCCACGGUCAGGUCAACCUCCCAAUUUUCAUGCCUGUAGCCACGCAGGCUUCACUCAAAGGCCUUACCCCCGAACAACUCGAGGCAACUGGAUGCCGUCUCUGCCUCAACAACACCUACCAUCUCGGCCUGAAGCCUGGUCAGGAAGUCCUUGAUGCUGUAGGAGGCGCGCACAAGUUUCAGGGAUGGAAUCACAAUCUUCUUACUGAUAGUGGCGGGUUUCAGAUGGUCUCGCUACUCAAGCUGGCCAACGUCACCGAGGAAGGUGUGCGCUUCCUCUCACCACACGACGGCAGCCCUAUGCUCUUAACCCCCGAGCACUCGAUGAGCCUCCAAAACUCGAUCGGAUCCGACAUUAUGAUGCAGCUGGACGAUGUCCUCGUCACUACACACCCAGACAAGGCGCGCAUGAGAGAGGCGAUGGAGCGCAGUGUACGUUGGCUCGACAGAUGUAUCGCUGCCCACAAAUACCCAGAAAGGCAGAACCUGUUCUGCAUCAUUCAGGGUGGACUGGACCUGGAGAUGCGCCGGGAAUGCUGCCGCGAGAUGGUCGCCCGUGACACACCCGGUAUCGCCAUUGGCGGACUGAGCGGAGGUGAAGCAAAGGAUGACUUCUGCAAGGUGGUGGCCACUUGCACGGAGCAACUACCAGAACUCAAGCCGAGAUACGUUAUGGGAAUUGGGUACCCAGAGGAUCUUGUGGUCAGCGUGGCACUGGGAGCAGACAUGUUCGACUGCGUGUGGCCCACACGCACUGCGCGGUUUGGGAAUGCCAUCACCAAGCAUGGUGUACUCAACAUGAAAAGAGAGAUGUAUGCCGUUGAUUUCGGGCCCAUCGAGGAGGGUUGUGGGUGUCAGUGCUGCAGGCCUGUCGGCCAAGAAGGGUCGCUGGGCAUUACAAGGGCAUUCAUUCACCACAAUGCCGCCAAAGAGACAGUUGCGGCGCACCUGCUGACACUACACAACGUGUGGUAUCAGCUGGAUCUGAUGAGACAGGCCAGAGAGGCCAUCAUUGCUGACCAAUUCCCGGCAUUCGUCAAGAAGUUUUUUGUUGGACUGUACCCUGAUGGACAGAGCUAUCCAUCGUGGGCAGUCAACGCAUUGCGUGGUGUUGGCAUCGAGUUGCUAGAGAGGUGA